AUGCUUCAUCUCGUUUUUCUUGUGCGAUUUUUCUUGGAUUACUAUUUUUUCCGUGAAAAUAGCCGUUCGGAUGACAACUGGCGCAUUUACCGCCUGCGUUCCUACAAACUCUGUUUUGAUAUUCCCUCGGAGUAUCACGUUCGUUUGAUUGGUGCACGUGGAAAGACAGUGAGGGAGCUGCAUACGAAGCAUGAUGUGCAGAUUAUUUUCCCGCGUGGUGACGAACCAUCAGAUACAAUCACACUCAUUGGUUACGAAGCGAACUGCAAAGCUUGUAAGGAGGAAAUGGAGGCAAUGAUUGGCGAAGUACAAUCGUUUUACACACAAGAAAUCUAUCUUGAUAGUACAAUUCAUCCGGUGAUCAUUGGUCACAGAGGUCGUAAUCUUAAACGGUUGAUGGAUGAGUUCAAGGUCGAGCUUCGUUUUCCACGAAGUACUGAUCCAGACCCGAAUUUGGUUGUAGUUGCUGGUAAAGAUGAAGAUUUGGUCUAUGAUUGCAUCGAGCAACUGCGCGCACAAGAGGAAGAGUUUUUGCAAGAGCGCAUAGAGCGUGGCCUGUACCAUCCGCCACGUGUUGAGGAGCCACCACCAGCUCCACCAGUUGCAGUGGAAAUCAAAGGUGCACCCUGGCAACUGGAUAUGCAAUCCGAUGAGCAGUUUCCGGCCGUAGGAACAUCACAAGCAGCAACUGCAGUAACUGGAGCAUGGAGCGGAGCACGCCGCUUCUGA